AUGUUUUCGACAUGGAAGGUGAAAGCAGUCACCACUGUAUUGAAUUAUGGAGACUUAACCAGGAACCGAGCAUAUUUUCUCACACAGCUACGCACGAGCCACAACUGGUUAUCUACUCACGCGAAGAAAUUCGGCUUCCAAGACGAUGAUCAAUGCGAGUGCGGUGCGCGGGAGACAGUCGGCCACGUGCUGUUGGAAUGUCGAAAUCUACAAGAUCUGAGGGUGGAAUUAAGAAGAAAUGUCGGGGACGCGUUUUACAGCGUGUCGAGUCUGCUGGGAGGCUCAAAGGAAGGUGAGAGAGGUAAACCAGACAUCGUCUCGCGAACCAAAACAGUCCAGGCUGUGUUGGACUUUGCUGAGGCGUCACAGCGGUUUCGCAGUCGUGCGCCAUAA